GUCCAGGGGAAUCGCUGGCUCAGUGGAUCAAGAGUGACCUGAUCGACAAAAAAGGGUUCUCUGAGAUUUUGCUUCUGCUCGGAAAGAGUAAGAACCUCUGUACCAGCAGCACAGCUUCUGUCGCCUCGUCCAACGGUGCCCGGGAGUUAGAUGGAGGUGUCGGGCGUGGGCGAGGCCUCCAAGGGGAAGAUGGUGAGAGCAGGACGCACGGCACGACUUCUGCGUCUACUUCCGCAGGUGCGUCUCCCUGUGGGGGCAAAGACGAUAACUCUUUGAGUUUUCGGAUAUUACAGACACUGAUCGAUCAUGGGUCUUCGAAAACGACCUCCACAUCGAGUGAGGCGAGCAGUCUUUUCGGUCCUCUAGGGAAAAUUUCUAAUGUGUAUAUGCGGGACCGGAUAAAGUUCGACGCCGCCACCAGGUCCUCAUCACAAAAGAAGGUGAGCCGGAAGAAAGGAAAUAAGGGUGACGCGCAAUUAUUGCAACAGAAUGGCGAGCUUGUCGAUCAAAAUAGCGGCAAGAACAUCAACCCUGACGGAACAAGUGAUAGACGAGGGAGUCAGCAAGCUGUGGACGAAUCUAGGAGCUUCUACUUAUCAGACAGUGAUUAAGGCAGUUUCGUCCUGACAUAGAACACACCUUCUCUAUAAAAAUGGGCGCAUUAGUAUCUUUUUUACCAUAAUCAUGACAAGAUCCACCUACUCUAACCUCUUGAUGUGCUCCUGCAUCAUCUUCAUCUAAGUUCAAAAAGAGAAGAUCUUGAGCAAAGUUCCAGUGCCUGUUCUCGCCUGGCACGCAGACUCGUUCGAGGAUAGUGAAAAUAUUGAUACUGCAGGAGCUGUAACGUCUUCAUUCUCUACAGGAAGCAGAAGUGCUGCUAGAAGUUCCAGAAUAACUGACGUUAGUGGCAAGUUAUUCGGGCCACGUAUUUUGCAUGGAUGCCGAGGAGGUCCUCGUGGGAGUUCACCUUCCAGUACUAGAAGUGGUGCAAGUUCUAGCUCGCCCACAGGAGGGAUAUCUUCUUCGACCAAAGAGAUUUCGCUUCUAGUAAGGAUAGGUAUGGACGCUACUCAAGCCUUAAGAGUGACUGGGACGCUUGCACAGCUCUUUGCUCGACCAGAAGACGCAGUUGUUGGUGGUAGGACUAGAACAGAACAGCUGAAUAUGCGCAACAUGAAAGGGAAUGCGUCGCAGCACAGCAUGACGCACGCUUCGCAUAGCAACCUCGCACCCCGUGCGUACCAUCCCUCGACCAUGAAAAACAACAAGAACAAGAGGAUAACACUUUUUGUUUACGCAGCAUUCUUGCAGCAACAUCCAGAAAUUCAUGAGCUCUGGCUAGAACAGGGAUUCGAUUUGCAACCACGCGGUCUGAGGGAAGAUCCUACGUCUUUACACCAUCUCCGAGGUUUCCAAUUCGCGUCAAACAACCUGCUAGCGACACAGAGAGUUUGGACUCAAAUCCAGAUGGAUGCGGAGUCUUAUCUUCAUACUGGGACGAAACUAUCUUCAUCUCGUGCCGCGGACCCGGACUGUGAUUUACAUUUAUUGCCGUCGAGAAGUGUUCCGAGUGUUCCAGAGCCAGGACUCGAAGUACCACAUCAGCACGAAGAACUGGCUGCAAGAACUAGAUCCACCUCUUCUUCUAGCAGAGUCUACUACCUACCAGAUGAACCGCUGACAGGCUUUCUCGAGCCUCUCUUGUGGGAUGCUGGGUGGACCUUGGUAGAUAAGCCUGUUGCACUCACAACUUCGUCUUCUACUUUGUCUCCUGCAGAGGUGUUACUUCUGGAAGUUACUGGAAAUAGUCAAGCUGGAGGGGGAACAUCGUUGUUCGUGCUGGAUACAGAGAGAACACCAGAUGCGGAAGGUGUAGCGUUUUCGCUCAUUUCGCAUCCGAAGUUUUUCGCGUCGCAUGUCUCACUCGCAGUUUGUGCUGAGCUUGCCGCAGAGGACGCGAUCGAGUCGUCGUUGAUGUGGUUCUCUCUUUCCUUCACGGUUCUUCUCUGUCUCCUGCUUUUUAUCACCGCGGUGUUGCUUACCUCUACAACGAGGAAUACUUCAGGACCGGGAGUUCUUGGAGCAACAUUCGGGUCCUCUUCUUCUAUCUUGGGAGGGUUUUUCCGUGGCAUUCGUGGAACCAAAAAUGUCGCGGCCACGAGUACAACAUCUUCGAUUUUAGGGAGACCUCCACAGCAGGGGUACGAGCAACUAGGUACUUCUAUGCGAUCUUUCUCAUCAUCCUCUUCGUCUUCGUCUUCCGCGGAACAUGAAGGAGAGAACCAACAAGAAGCACACUACGAGAACAAGAACUACGACAGCAGUCGAAGUACGGGUCGCCAUUCGUCAAGCAGGAGUUCACCAGUUACCUCUGAAGGUGCACUAGAGGUCCAAGUUCUUGUAUCAAACAGGAGUGCACGGGAAGUAGGACCACCUCCAAGCGGGGGAUAUCAUUGUCCUUCGCCAUUCAAGGUGGGGAAAGCGUCAAGCAGAACCCGUGGUCAAGAGCGUCGUGAUAUGAAUCUUGGGGAUCAUGAUCAAGGGAUAGCGGGAGAUCGUGAUGGAGGAGAAGAUGAUAACUUUUGGAAAGGAGGCGUUCAUUAUGUCUCCGUAAGCUACGAUGUGGGGCACCCUUCAACAACAUGAUUACAUACAAUCAUGACUCCACUUUGAAAGUAGGCCUAAACUCUUCUGUGCGAAUACAUCAGCCUGCGAAAAAAUAAAGAAAACCCGUCCUCGAUCAUCUUCAGGACAGCUUCCGCC